GAUGAGGACGAGGUGGAUCAAGGCACGAUGGUUCGAGCGAGAACCGGCGACUCCGGAACGAUCCGAGCUGUAGGGUCUCUGUCGGAUUCGCUCAGCGGGACGGCCCGAACUAUGAUCUCUCAUCACGACGAAGACACCAUGCAGUCACAGCUCGGCACCAUGGUCAUCAACUCUGACGAUGAGGACGAUGAAGAGGCCGGCACCAUGAAGAGGAGAAACGAGACGAUGCAGCCGUCCAAGCCGUCCUUCCUCGAGUACUUUGAGCAGAAAGAGAAGGAGGCCAACAGUCACAACGAGGGAGGAGGAAGAGGAGAAAACAACGCAGACAACCGCAAGCUGCCCGCUGACGGAGACUUUGAAGUGGUGAACUCGUGGACGGUGGAGGAGCUGCGGCUGCGUCUGGCCUCUCUGGACCCUCAGAUGGAGCAGGAGAUCGAGGAGAUCAGGCAGCGAUAUCAGACCAAGAGGCAGCCGAUCCUGGACGCCAUCGAGGCCAAGAAACGGCGGCAGCAGAACUUCUGAGGAGGAGGAAGAGUCGGAGGUUUCAUCUCGUUAUUCUCUGCGGCAGAUUUAACAAACGACAGCUGAGGAUCGUUCAAAAUAUCUGCUCAAGAGACGUCGAGAUGUGUAAAACUGUGCGAAGACUUCUGAUGAUCGAACUGCUGGAGAAGAACUUCCAAAGAGCUUUUGGACAGGAUAUUAAUGACAAUAUUUCUGCCUGUUUGGAGUCUUCAAAAACUUUUUCCUGGAUGAACGAUUUCAGGAAAGACGCUUCUGAAACGUAUAUUUGGUCUCCCAUCCGCUGGACUCUCUCUGUUUGUUACACAGCUGUCUUAAACCACAGUGAUGAUUGUUCAAAUCUCUUUAACCGCGCGGUACAAUAUCAUUUAAACGGCUGGCUGCUCGACUAAGGUACUCGUCUUUACGUCCGCAAAUGUCUCUUCUCAGUGUUGCUGCUCAGUGUUCUCACUUUAGACUGUGAAGGUCUAGAGAAGCGUCUUUCCCUCGACUUAAAAGAGUUAAAAAUACAAAAGAAAAAGCGGAAAAUACCAACUAGUGUUGAUGCAGGAAGAGACCCAGUGCUUUGGAUCAGUCGCAUUGAUUAAGUUAAACCCUUAAAUCUAAUUACAAAAGCACCUUUUCUUAAGUUCAGCGUUGAUUACUCGUCACGUUAUAGUUCUAAAAAAUUCCAGCACAAGAUUAAAAGAUCAAUAAACCAUUUAUUAAAUAUUAAAAGCAAAGUGUUAUGUUAUUGUAAGAUGCCGCUCUAAUCUUAACUUAAAUAACUGGAUCAUUCACUUAGCUAAUGGUCUCUCUCUAAAGGCAAUAUUUUGGAAACACCUGAACGUUUUGAUAUUUUGGAGUUCAGAUUUUCUUCCGCAUUAAUAUUUGAAGGGUCUUUAAUCCCCUCCAGUGUCCUCAGUGUUUGAUUUGAGUUUCCUCCCCGUGUCCAUCAUCUCUUUCCCCGCAGUAAGCUCAAAACAAAGAGCUGGACUGGGAUCAACAAAGCUUUUAUUCCCAGGAUUUAUUAUUUCUGAUUUGGCACUGAAACGACAUCGAAAAAAUAAAAAGGCAGCUCCUCUUUGGACGCUCUGUUUUCUACACGCAGCACAGAAACAUUUCUAUUUUUCUACGUAGGUUUAGUGGUUACAGAAGAGCAGGAGGUUGGUUUGAUUUAAACAGAUUUAAAAACCAGCUUCUCAGGUCAGAAACUCCUCAGGGUGUAAAAUAAUAGUCUGUUUAUAAAUGAGCACAACAGCUGUAUCUGUAAGGUUUAAAUCGAUGAGUUAAAGGGUUAAAUGACAGAAACUUGACGCCUUUUAUUAAGUUAUAUUUAAACAAUAAGCAUGUCGGAUGUUUUCUGGGGAUAAACUCUCAGCUUGAGGUUCAGUUUCGUUCGUGUGCACGGUUUCUCUCAUGAGCACAAGUCUUGUUCUCUUCUGCGUUACAAAACAAAAGGGAUUUUUCUGUCUGCCUUAUUUCGUUUUCGUCUGACACAUGGCGUUCCUUUGAAUAUAUGUUAAGGUUUAGGCUCGGCAGGGAAACACAGUUUAAUAUUCACCUUUGAUAAAUCCUGUCGUGAGUUCAGGUAAAGCAGCAAAAGAGUGAAAAGGCAAAAACAAAAGGGAUUUGUUUUUAUUGUUUGGAUGUUCUGCUGUUUUGUUUCUGACAGUGAUCUGAUAUGUGAGGAUUUUAUACGACGGCAUGUUGGAGCCAUUGGAGGUCAAAAUAAAUGAAUAGAAAAGGAAAUAGAGAAGGGGGUUAGUUCUAGUGAAAAAUACGAGUUUUUAAGUCAAAAUGUGUGAAUUUACGAGCUUAAAAAUGUAGAAACUUGCAAGAAAAAGUGAAAAAAUAUAUAUUUUUCUCAUAAAUCGUGAGUUUCGUAAUCAACCCUCAGUAAUUUGUUUCUUGAAAUAUGAUCACCUUCCAGGGGCUCUGUAUAUUUAUUUUUGAACCUACAAUGGCCCUAAUUAUAGAUUUCCUUUGGUUAAAAUAAAAGCAUUGAUUGUUAUAAUAUGAUGUCUGAUGUUUGGUGCUGAUCGUGAAAUCUGGCAUCAGAAAUCAAGUCGUUAUCACUGGAUAUGAAAAUGUUCUGAUGUUUUUGGACAUUUCUAAAUGCUUCUUUGGCUUUAAGUGAUUCUCUUAACUUUUGUUAUUAAAUACAAACAAACCACUGAGAGGUACGUGUUCAAAGAAUCAUCGCCAGUUUGUGAAAAUGAUCUGAAUUACGGUAACAUUGUGUCAGGUUUAUUACGUAUAAUCACUUAUAGGCUUUAAUUUAUUUAAUAAGUGAAUCAGUGAAAUGUCUAAAUCCUGCUGAAACAUAUCAAGUGUUUAUUUAUUCAUUUUCUUAGUUGCCAAGAUAUCACUGUCUUUUUGAUUUUCAUUCUCAGCUGUUUCUAUAUUCUAUCUUUGGUCCACUAACUCUCAGUGAUAGGACAUAGGAGUUCAAACAGUGUGAGUAUAAAGUGUUUAAAUGCAAGGCAUCAUUGGUGUCCAUAUAAAAUAACCCCAACAGAUAGACUAUAAGAACAAGGAGAAGUGGAGCAAAAAAGUUUCAAACACCGGUUUCUCUGCCUCCUCUUUGUGCAACAUUUCUAUUUUCUCCGAUGUUUCGAUGCAAGAUGCACUUCUUGUUUGACGCCUGAAAAGUUUCUGAAGUUUAUUUUACGCCUUAAAGUUUGCCGAGAGGUCGUUCAUACAAUCACUGAUGUUUGGUUUGUGUAUUUUGUUUGCCUGUCUAAUAAAAGCUAAGGAACGUUUCA